UACUCUGACCGCCCCGACUCUGGUCCUUAUCAGUUAUCACCGCCCACUGCCCAGCCCAUCCUUUCGCUUCCGCCCUGCGUCUGCUGCCCCAUAGCAAGAAGCUUCCGGCCAUCCCGUCUGUUGCGUCAAAACCCUGAUUCUUCCUUAUUGUUUUGAAAAGCAAUGAAGCAACCUUCAUUACCAAACAAGACAGCAAACUCAUCACCAUCAUCGUCAAUGGAAACAGUUAGUGCCCCUUUAAUCAAGAAACAGAUGGGUCAGAAGAGAAAGCUACCAACUGCACAAGAGCUGAUAACCCAUUAUGAGUCUAAGGGUAUUGAUUCGAAAGAAGCUGCUUCAAAGGUUAUUGAUGAUCUCCAAAGGGCUCUCUUCAAGGUAGUCACUUCAAGAAAGAAAGAUGCAACACCUAAUGAUUUUUCUACUAAGCUCGAUUUGAUAAAUGCUCGUCUUGUGAGACUGGAAACAAAAGUGGAUACCAAACCAGGUUUUGGUCAGAGUUUGGCAAUUGGGUUAGCAUCAGGAGCUGCUUUAAGUGGAUUAGGAAAUGUUCUUCCCCAUGUGUGUCAUGCUGUUGGGCAGAUGUGGAGUACCGUUCGUUCCAAUUCUUCUGGUUCAUAGAUAUGUUUUUUCCUCUCAUCAUUAUGCUUAUUUGUCUUUGAAUUGAGCCGGAUCAUUUGCUAGAAUUCAUUCUGGAUUUUAUGAUAUUUCAACCAUUAUGGAAAUGAGAAGUUCUUAGA